AGUUCCCUUCGUGGCACAGCGGUAAUGAACCAGACUAGUAUCCAUGAGGAUGUGUGUUCAAUCCCUGGCCUCGCUCAGUGGGUUAAGGAUCUGGCGCUGCCAUGAGCUGUGGUGUAGGUCACAGACUCCUUGGAUCCCGAGUUGUUGUGUAGAGUGGCAGCUACAGCUCUGAUUCGACCCCUAGCCUGAGAACUUCCAUAUGCCCCUAAAAAGACAAUAAGUAAACAAACGAACAGACACACUGAGAAUGCCCUUCCGAAGCAUUUGCUUUCACACCCUCAGCAACAAACCUUGGCAACUAUGAUUGUCCCUGUGUGUCAGAGGCUUGCUAGGGGAAGAUCUGCUCUGGGGCACUCAGUGCCCACACCUCUUGUUUGCAAAGCUUCGCCCACCCUCUGACCAGCAACUAAAAGGGGAUGUUCCAGGCAGUGGCCUCAUCUCUGCCUUGACCUAGAGAAAAUUGGGGAGAGCAGGCCAGCAACCCACAGGAGGGCUCAGCCUUGAGAUUGUGCUGAAGACAUAAUAAGGGGUGGGGACCCCAGCGGGCAGGGGCGGGUCACAGCAGAUGAUAACUAUCCCGGAGACCAGAGCCCAGCAUUCCUCGCCUUUCCAAACUGCACAACCCAAUGGACCGCACCGUGGUGCUCAUCACCGGCUGUUCCUCCGGCAUCGGCCUGCACCUGGCCCUGCGUCUGGCAUCUGACCCAUCUCAGAGCUUCAAAGUGUACGCCACCCUAAGGGACUUGACGGCACAAGGCCCCCUGCUGGAGGCCGCCCAGGCCCGAGGGUGCCCCCCGGGCUCCCUGGAGACCUUGCAGCUGGAUGUGAGGGAUGCAGAUUCAAUAGCGGAGGCCCGGGCACACGUGACCGAGGGACGCGUGGAUGUGCUGGUGUGCAACGCAGGCCGGGGCCUGGUGGGGCCCCUGGAGGCACACAGGGAGGGCGCCGUGGACUCCGUGCUGGAUGUGAACCUGGCCGGCACCGUGCGGAUGAUGCAGGCCUUUCUGCCGGACAUGAAGCGGCGCCGCUCGGGUCGCAUAUUGGUGACCGGGAGCCUGGGAGGUCUGAUAGGGCUUCCCUUCAACGCUGUUUACUGCGCCAGCAAGUUUGCAAUCGAAGGCUUAUGCGAGAGUCUGGCGGUUGUGCUGCAGAGCUUCGGGGUCCACGUGAGCGUCAUCGAGUGCGGCCCGGUGCGUACUGCCUUCCCCGAGAAGCUGGAGGACGGCCUGGGCGGGAUACUGGAUCGCGCGGACGCCGAGACCCGUGACCUCUUCUCCCGCUACCUGAGCCACUUCGAGCAGACGUUCCUUGAGGCGGCGCAGGACCCGGAGGAGGUGGUCGAGGUCUUCCUCCAGGCUCUGCGCGCGCCGCGCCCGGCUCUGCGCUACUUCACCACCGAGCACUUCCAUCCCCUGAUCAAGUUGCGCUUCUCCGACCCCAGCAGCAGCAGCUACGUCGCAGCCGAGCACCAAAGAGUGUUCGGCGACCAGGCCACCGAGGGCUUCGAGGGCACUGAUUGCGGCGAGGCGGAGGCGGGAGCUGGAGACCUGGGGCCGUCUGAGCUCGGCGCUCCUCUUGCCACCCCGCAAUAAGGGCUUGGUCUGCCGCUGUCUCCCGCACUCUCCUUUGCGGCCCGGAAGGUGUGCGGUUUAGGGAUGCUCUGCACUUGCGCCUGCAGAGGGUGAGCCAUCAGGAAAGGUCGUGUUAGCCCGGGUUGUACCUACUGAAACCGAAGCCCAGAAAGGGAAGGAGCUUUGCCCAAGGUCACUCCUCGUCCUCCACAGGGCAGGGAGAGUGGUCCUCGGAUCCCCGAGGGGUGUCUGCAGCAGGAGGAGCUAGUCGGACUUGAGUGCGGGGAGAGUUGGCUUGUGACUUGGCUUCCACCAGUCAUGGGACCUUAGACAACGUCCUUACCCUCUGCUUUCUUAUCUGUAAAAUGGGUUUAAUACCUAUGUCAUGGAUUGUGGUAAGAAUGAAUUGAGAUAAUGCCAGAAA